ACUAGCUUUUGACACUUUUACAACAUUUCAAAUCCCUAUUCUCGCCAUUUCCGUUUUUGCCAGCAGAUUUUUUUUUUUUUUUUUGAUACGUGUGAAAAUGUGAUUUCCUGAGGGUUUCAGUUUUAACACGCUUCCAUGUCAACCUUUCUCGCUCGUUGUGACAACGAAUCUAUGGCUGUCCAACAACACGCACCAAAGUAGUCUGAGCAACUUUUCUCUAUUUACGGAUAUGACGAGACACACACGGUUCUCCAGGUUUGUGUGGCGUUUGUGCUCUGCUCACUGCAGGCUGUGAUCGCAUCUGCUGUGGACUGUCCAGACCAAGAGACUGGAGGGACUUCCUGUACCAUCUCACUGGAGAAGCUUCUGGAACGAGCCGUUCAACAUGCAGAGCUCAUUUACCGCGUCUCAGAGGAGUCCAAGUUGCUGUUUGAGGAGAUGCUCGUUUCAUUCGGAGGUGUGAAUCUGCAUGUUCCCAGCGGGACCAUGUGUGCUCCAAAAACAGUGUCUAUGUCUAAAAGUGAAAUCCAACAGAUUUCUGACAAAUGGAUCCUUCACUCAGUCCUGAUUCUGAUCCAGUUCUGGACUAAUCCACUGGCAGGUCUGCAGGCGUCUCUUGAGAAUUAUGAGAACGUCUCAAGUGCCCUGCUGGACAGGAGCAGAUGGAUGUCUAGCAAACUAAUGAGCCUGGAGCAGGGGGUAGUGGUUCUCAUCAGACAGAUCCUGGGUGACGGUGGUUUGCUGUUGGAGGUUCCUGAAGAGACAUCCGAUCACAUCGUCUCUUCCGAUAUUCUUGAGACUUUGAGAAGAGACUACAGUGUGCUCUACUGCUUCAGGAAAGAUGCACACAAGAUAGAGACUUUCCUCAAACUCCUGAAGUGCCGCCAGAUUGAUAAAGAGAAUUGUUCCUUUUUCUAAACUAAAAAAAAUACAUAUAUACAAAUUCUUCUGCCAGAUUAUUUGAGUGUUUUUAUUCUGCCAAAGUUGGUUUGCAUUUGCACAAAUAUUAAAUUAAAACAAAAAUGUUUGCAUGAUUACUUGGA